UGGGCCGGGCUACGAAACGCUGUAGCUUCCUUUCGUAGCCCUUGCCAGUCCUGUGGUGGUCCAAGAGUCUGGGGGGCGGGUGGGAAAGGGGGUGAAAGAGGCGAGCGGUUGAAGUGGGAAGGGGGGGCUUCCAAAGAGCCAAUUCGCCGUGAAGGGGCCUCUUUUGGGGGCCGGGCGGAGCAGGUACGAGGCGGCAAGAUGGACCAGUCGCUAGCUAAUGGAGUGCAGCAGGAGCUGGCUAGCAAGCGGCUACAUUCAAGGAUGGAGGCGUCCUGCUUGGAGUUGGCCCUGGAAGGGGAGCGCCUGUGCAAGGCAGGGGACUGCAAAGGUGGCACGGCGUUCUUCGAGGCGGCUGUGCAGGUUGGCACGGAUGACCUCAAGACCCUCAGCGCCAUCUACAGCCAGCUGGGCAACGCCUACUUCUACCUGAAGGAGUAUGGGAAAGCCCUAGAGUACCACAAGCACGAUCUCACGCUGGCCAGGACAAUCGGAGAUCGAAUCGGAGAAGGAAAAGCCAGCGGUAACCUUGGCAACACGCUGAAAGUGCUGUGUCGCUUUGACGAAGCCGCCGUCUGCUGCCAAAGACAUUUGGACAUCUCUCAAGAGCAAGGCGACAAGGUGGGUGAGGCCCGUGCGCUUUACAACAUGGGCAACGUGUUCCAUGCCAAAGGGAAGCAGCAGUUGUGGGGCUGUACCCAGGAGCCUGGAGACCUUCCCCCUGACGUCAGAGACACGCUGCAACGAGCCACGAGCUUUUACGAGAUGAAUUUGUGUUUGGUGAAAGAACUGGGCGAUCGCGCCGCUCAGGGCAGAGCGUAUGGCAACCUGGGCAACACGCACUACCUUCUGGGCAACUUUGUUGAAGCCAUCAAAUUCCACAGGCAGAGAUUAUCCAUAGCAAAGGAGUUUGGCGACAAAGCGGCAGAGCGACGAGCCUACAGCAAUUUGGGCAAUGCUCUGAUAUUCCUGGGCCAGUUCAGCACAGCCACAGACUACUAUAGAAAAACUCUGCAGCUGUCACGGCAGCUGAGGGACCAGGUGAUGGAGGCCCAGGCCUGUUAUAGCCUUGGAAACACCUACACACUUUUGCAGCAAUAUGACAAAGCCAUAGAGUACCACCUCAAGCACCUGUAUAUUGCUCAGGAUCUCACAGACAGAGUUGGCGAAGGCCGAGCCUGCUGGAGUCUGGGAAACGCCUAUGUGUCUUUAGCCAAUCACAAACAAGCGCUCCACUACGCCCGGAAACAUUUGGAGAUCUCCAAAGAAAUUGGGGACAGGAACGGAGAGCUGACGGCCAGGAUGAAUGUGGAGCAGCUGAUGGAGGCAUUGGGUGUUAGCGACAGUGACCUUUCACCUUCUAGUUCAGAGUUUGAGAUGCAAGGAGCCAGGCCCAAAUUCACCAAGAGGAACAGCAUGGACAGCGUUGAGCUGUGGAAGCUGUCUUCAUAUAAGGACGGUGAAGGCCACGAGACCGAAAGCAUACCCAGAAGGUCUCCGAGUCAGACGCCGCAGAAAAGGAAAGGCUAUCCUGAUAGCCGGUUGUCGGAUGGAAGGCCCUGGCUGGACUCUCCCGUGGAUGCAGAUGACAUCAAUCUGCAAGUCUUGCCUCCGCUGCCUAAACUUGGCCGUGACCCUUCCGAUGAGGACUGCUUUUUCGACCUGCUCAGCAAGUUCCAAAGCAGCCGCAUGGAUGAUCAGCGCUGCCGCCUCGAUGAACCACACAACGGCGACGGCCAAGGCGGUGCCGCCCUGAGCGACAUUAUCGAUCCCGCAGUGACCACCUCCCCCCAGACGGAGGAGCUCUUUGAUUUGAUCGCUAGCUCUCAAAGUCGCCGCCUGGAUGACCAGCGCGUCAACGUGGGCAACCUCCCGGGUCUCAGGAUCACACAGAACAACCUGGGACACUUGGUGGGGGAGGGAGAGCAGGAGCCCGGCGACGACUUCUUCAACAUGCUCAUCAAGUGCCAGUCCUCUCGGAUCGACGACCAGCGGUGUUCCCCCCCCGAAGCGGGCCCCCAUGCUCCCACAGUGCCUGACGAGGACUUCUUCAGCUUAAUCCAGCGGGUACAGGCCAAGCGCAUGGACGAGCAGCGUGUCCACCUGUCCAACGACGAGCAGGACAGUCCAGGAGAGGAGUCGCCCGAUACCGAGCCGCCCGGCGGGUUCCCCAGCUAGGGAUGCGGGAGAAAGCGCCCCCCCCCCCCAUCGCCCAGAGAAGAUAAUAAAUGCACGUUAGGACGGGCUGCUUGCUAACAAAAAUGUCCACGUGCGACAGGUGGUGCCAUUAAAUUAAUAUGUGUAAAUAUAAUGGGGAAAUAUUCGCAUUUUUGCACGACCAUGAAAUUUCUCAAUAUUUGACCGCCAUCGUGCUCAAUAACAUAACUUGUGAACUCAGAUCUGAUGCCUUAAUCAGCAUUUUCUUUUCCCAGACUCAAGAUUGUAUUUGUAGAAGCACACCAACUGUUUAGGACUCAUUUGAAUUCUAGCGCUCAAUGAUUUUUGCACUGAAAUCUAAAAACCAGUUUAUGGACCUUAGUAAUACAUUGCGUCAAUCAUGUACAUUUUCUUCCCCCGUUUUUAUUUUGUAGGCAACAUGUUGUAUGACUUGUUAGCACAGCUGCCUCACAGUUCUGAGGUUGGGGAUUUGAAUGUCAGCUCUGGACUUUGUUUGUGGGGCUUGCAUGUUCUCCCCGUGCUUCUGUGGGAUUCCACCCAUGUUCCCAAAACAUGCAUACUAGGCUCAUUGAAGAUUCGAAGACUAGUCUGUCUAUGAACCAGGCGACUGGCAUUUGUUUGGUGCGGGGUGUAUAUGUGCUAAGAUACAAUGCCAAAUCUUGUUUUAAUGAUUUUUGGGGCAAAAAAAAAAUGCUUGAAUCAUUGCUGCUUGAAGCAUUCAAACAAGACUGGUGUCACUGAUGUUCAGUGAUGGUAUUACUGUAGUUAAUACUAUGCAGUGGUGAAAUUUGAAAACAUGUCAUGCUAAAUAUUCUAGAAUACAAUGCAUCAAACCAUAAGUGAGAUUACUGAGCAAAAAGUGAAGUACAGUAUUAUGAAAGGCCACAGUUAAUGUGGAUGAUAUACUGCACCCUUGUGGUCAAAGCCCCGUAUUACCUCUGUAAUUCAAUGUAUUGGGAGUACUACUGUAUUACUGUUUAACCCCCCGUCCACAGUGAGUGUCAAACUGUCGUGAUAUUGAACUUGACCCAAGCUGAAACUCUGCAUUUUUGAUAGAUAACUACAAAGGGCUGUGAGAGGUUUGCCGAGGAAACCCCUUGAGGUGCAGACAAGUCAGCUAAAGACCCUUUUAAGCGGUUAGUAAUGUGAUAUGUUUAAUGGUACGAACAUGUUUAAUAUGACCUGCUAUAUAUAUAUAUAUAUAUAUAUAUAUAUAUAUAUAUAUAUGUGUGUGUGUGUGAGACACAAUGGUGGCCACAUACCUCAUUUUUUGUACCUCAAAAUAUGACUCAGAAGAGGUAAAAAAAAAUAAAUACAUGUUGGGAGUUUGUGUGAUUCAACUUACCAGGUAUGCUUUCAUUGGUCACUGCCAUAAUUUGUAUAUACACAGUAUAUAAAUAUAUUUUGUAUUUAUGUUCCAUUUGGGGGAAGCGAACAAGUCCGCUGUGCUUUUAAUAAAAAUGUUGCAGGUUACUUGUGGA